AUGGAUUCGGUUUGUUGGGAUAUCUGCCCCGACGCGGAAGACCCGGAGGACCCGGAGACGAGCGAGGAGGAAGUGGACCAAGACCGCAACACCUAUCACACCACCUCAUCCUCAUCCUCAUCCUCCUCUGCCCGUUCACUCCAUCCUCCUCAUCCAUCAUCAUCAUUAUCAUCAUCAAACAUCGCUGCGGCAACGCCCGACGCAAUCCCAGAGGUCGUCCUGCAACACCUCCCAGAAGACGACGACGACAACGACUCCCCCCCAGACACGACAAUGCAGAAAAGCACGCUGAGCGUACCAGAGGCACCGACAUUCGCAUCCGUGUACACGAAUUCGCCGUCAUGGAUGUCAACGUACACGUCGUCCACGUGCGCGACGACGUACACCAGCACGCACGAACGCUCGCGCAGGGACGGAGACGGGCUCGAAGAGGGAGGAGGGCACGUCGGGGACGGAUGGCUGGACGUGCGUAGACGGCGUUCGAGGCUGCCUUAUCCCAGACGACCUAGGACCGUGAGGCGAUGGGACGGCGAUGGGGGGAUGACGGCGGCUGCGGCUGCGGCUGCGGCGCCGAGGUCGAGGCCGAGAUGGCGUGAGGAGACGCUGGAGGCCUGGGAUGAGGCCGAGAUGGAGAGCGGGAGUUACUGCGUCGUUGAGGGGGCUCGGUGGGAGGAGCAGAGGUUUGUUACGUUGAGGAGGCCGGCGCGGGGGAAGCUGGGCAAGGGCAAGGGUGGUGGGCGGAGGAGGGAGGCAUAUUGGAGCGGUGUUGUUGGGUAUUCAACCCAACGGGAGAGAGCGAGGACGAGGUCGAUUCCGUUGGUGGAUCCGCCUGUGCCGAAGAUUGUUGUCGAUUUGCUGGCGAUGGGAAUGUCGAGGUCGAGAUCGAGACUGGGCGGGGGGCUGUGGGGGCUGCCGUAUGUGGAGGGUAGAGGGCAUUCCCGGGCUGUGUUUGCAAUGGCCGCCGGCGACAGAGUUUGGAGCGUGGUGUUGAGAUAUCUUGGGGACGUUCUCGGCUUCUCUAGACGUGUUGACGGGUCGGAUGACGUAGACUAG